UAAAUACACCAGUCUGAGCAUCAUUCCAAGUGGAGCAUUCUCUGGACUCAGGAACGUAACAAGCAUUUGGCUACUACAGAAUGAUAUUCUGGAGAAUAUUGAAGAAAAUACCUUUGUCAAUCUACCCAGUCUUAAUGAAAUGACUAUAACAAACACUGGAAUAAGGUUCUUUCCUGAUAUCACAAACAUUCAUUCUGAAGAUUUUUUGCUUCUUGAAUUUCGUGACAACAUAAACAUGCAAGUUAUACCAUCGUAUGCUUUCCAGGGAUUAAGCACUGGAACAUUAAAUAUAAAUUUGAUUAACAAUGGCCUCAUAGAAGUACAAAGCCAUGCAUUUAACGGAACAGAUUUAGAUCAUCUCAACCUUACAGGUAACCAGAACCUACAAAAAUUGCACGAAGAUGUUUUCAUGGGAGCAACUGGUCCAACAGUUCUGGAUAUUUCCAGAACUGGUAUCACUGCACUUCCGAUUCACGGCUUGAAAUCUAUUAAGAAGCUCAUAGCUCAGUCAACCAAUAACUUGAAAAGGUUACCACCUCUGACCAACUUUGUUGAACUAAGGGAAGCCAGUAUGACAUACUCGAGCCACUGCUGCGCCUUCGAGAAUGAAAAUGCUAAGAAGAAAAAGGAGUUUCUGUGGUCUCCAGUAUGUAACAGGUUCUAUGGCAAGAAUUAUGUUUUCAGCAACACAAGCUCUGAAUCUGAAUGGGAGAUUGGAUCCACGCAUUCAAAAAAAUCUAUGGAGAUGAACUCUGCUUUACCACAGCAAUAUGGUUUUCUUGAAAGUGAGGCAUGGUUUGACUCGAAUGAAGACGAACCAUUUUUUGAUUAUGGGCUGUGCUCCAAUAUAGUAGAUGUGAUCUGUAACCCAAAAGCAGAUGACUUCAAUCCAUGUGAAGAUAUUGUGGGUAAAGAUAUUCUACGAGUUAUAAUUUGGCUAAUGAAUAUUCUUGCAAUUAUAGGGAAUGUUGUUGUUCUCGUAGUCUUAUUAACCAGUAGAUAUAAACUUACCGUCCCUCGGUUUCUUAUGUGCAAUCUUGCUUUUUCUGACUUUUGUAUGGGCCUUUACUUGUUGCUCAUUGCUUCUGUAGAUAUCCAAACAAAAGGCCAGUAUUAUAACUAUGCUAUAGAUUGGCAGACUGGUGCUGGUUGUGCAUCUGCUGGAUUCUUCACUGUUUUUGCCAGCGAGUUAUCAGUGUACACACUUACUACAAUCACACUGGAAAGGUGGCAUACAAUUACUUAUGCCAUGCAGCUGGAUAAAAAACUCCAUCUGAGGCAUGCCAUUGUUAUCAUGUGUGGUGGUUGGGCAUUUUCUUUCAUUGUUGCAAUUCUGCCUCUUUUAGGGAUCAGUAACUACAAGAAGGUUAGCAUCUGCCUUCCUAUGGACAUAAACUCACCAGUGUCUCAGGCUUAUAUCAUUUUCAUUUUGCUACUGAAUGUGAUUGCAUUUUUGAUCAUUUGUCUCUGCUAUAUUAAAAUCUACCUAACAGUUAGAAACCCCAACUUUAUCUCUACAAAUGGUGAUACAAAAAUUGCUAAGCGAAUGGCUGUGCUAAUCUUCACUGAUUUUAUUUGCAUGUCGCCAAUAUCUUUCUUUGCUAUUUCUGCAGCAUUGAAGGUUCCUUUCAUCACCGUGUCUAGUUCCAAGAUACUUCUGGUUUUGUUUUACCCAAUAAAUUCUUGUGCCAAUCCCUUUUUGUAUGCAUUUUUUACAAAGACCUUUCGUCGAGAUUUCUACAUCCUUUUGAGCAGGUUUGGUUACUGUGAAAUGAAAGCACAGCUUUACAGGACAGAAACUACAUCGUCAAUUCAAAAUUCCAAUGUGAGAAAUGGUGCUUUGGCCUCGGCAUCACAGGUUGGCCAAGGUACGGUAUACACAGAGCUUCUGGCAGCUACUAAUCGCCAACAGUGUGGAGCUCACAACCUCAAUUCUGAAGAGUCCCACCAAACACUUACAGGAAUCUAUGCUGUUAACUGAUAGUGUAUAAACUUUCCUGAAGUAAAUUUGUUUUGUUAACCUUGAAGAAAGUAACUUUUUCCUGGAGAAUGCCUGAUAUCUUCUUGUUAAAUUACUGAGAACUUGAAAUCUAUUGUCAAAUAUACCAGGAUCAAACUUCAGAUUCUGGCAAACUUUGCAACUGAGCAGUCAACUCUAAUUUAUGAUUGAUCUUAUGGAGUAUGAAUCAGUGUUUAUACAACAUGGGAUUAGCAUAACCUAAUUGCAGGCAGAAAAUAGAUGAUGCAAGUAAUUUGCAAAGACCCAUUUUGUGCAAGAAAUGAUUAAUGUCAUAUCAUAAAUAUACUUGAUUUGCAUUGUCCAUAUAAAACUUGCUUUAAGUUUACCAGAAUUUACUGCUACUUAUGCAAUUUACUGUAAUAUGGUAACAUUAUUGUACUCUGGAUUUGGUGUAUUUGAUAGAGAAAACUUGCUCCUGAUUGCAAGCCAUAUGUUAUGAUUCCAAGAGCUUGAAUGUUUAAAACAUGUGCAACAGUAAAAUCUGUUGCAGUGGCCUCAUUUCUUUGUAAAACAAAGCACUCAAGUGACUAGCUAAUGUUGAAUGCUGAAUUAAUGAUUCAUGCCAUACUCUGAAGUGGAUAAUCGUGCUUAUUCAUAAACAUGGUCAUUGUCAUGUUUUAUUGUAAAAGUCUCAGUGUCAGGAUAUUUCUGUUACUAAUAUAUUAAAUGUGCUAUAAUUGGUAUUAGGAGAGGGAAGAAAAGAACAAAGACUCUUGCUCCUCACUCCAGUAUAGCAAGAUCUAGGUGGUAAGAGUGAAAUGAGGAAGAACGUGAGUGAAAUUCAAAGCCAGGUUUAGAUUUAGUUUCAAUUAUAACAAUCUUCCCCCCCCACCAUCCCUCCCAAUUGCCAUCUACCAUUACCAGAGCCACCCAAACACACACACACUCUGCCAAAGUCAAAUAUUAAUGACAAGUCCAAAGGGAAAAAGUAGAUGAAAAACAACAAGUGUUAUCAGCAUUUUUUUUAACUGUCAGUUAAGAUUUAUUUUCUGUGCAUUGUCCAAAUAUGAAGGAUUAUUAACUGUUGAAAAGAUUGGAAUGUUUCUAAUUA